AAAUACACGACGCUACAAAUUACCGACCGCAGAGGAUUCCUCGUUCCUUUAACUUCUCGCCUUCCUCGUAUCAUCGUAUCGCCAGACGUAUAAAUUGUCGAGUCUCAUUGCGUUUUGCUUUUGCCAGCCUCUUCUUCCCCGGUGCCGAACUCUUCCCUUCCAUAAAUCUCUGCUUUUUGCAGAUACCUGGGAAUGUGGAAUGAUGGACUUGCAUGCUGAUUAUUCCUUCUCUCAAGACUGUGUGUUUGAUUGUCAACAUUCGACACUCUGUCUUGAUGAUGUUGGUUACACAGUUUCUUCCACAUUGAAGUUCCUUGGCCAAUCACACAAUGAACCUACCAGUUACAGACUACCUGUUGUGUUUAGCCUUGGUACUGGUGAGGACGGUUGAGCUCCUCAAAUUUUACGACUCCUGCUGUGGAAAUAGCAUACAUCAUACUAGCAGGAGAAUAUAAUUCCCAGUUGUCUGUUAAAAGUUAGUGGUUUUAAAUGGAGCAUAAGGGGAAUGUGUUGAUGAAUAAGUAUGAAUUUGGUAGAUUAUUAGGAAAAGGAAACUUUGCUAAGGUUUAUUAUGGGAGAGACCUUAAAUCUGGCCAAAGUGUAGCCAUCAAAGUAAUUGACAAAGAGAAAAUUUUGAAGGCUGGGUUGAUGGAUCAGACCAAACGUGAAAUAUCUGUUAUGGGAUUGGUAAAACACCCAAACGUGGUGCACUUUUAUGAGGUCAUGGCCAACAAAGCUAAGAUAUUCUUCAUCAUGGAACAUGCCAAAGGAGGAGAGCUCUUUCAGAAAGUGGCCAAAGGGAGGCUCAAGGAAGUUAUUGCAAGGAAGUAUUUCCAACAGUUGAUUUGUGCUGUUGAUUUUUGUCACAAGCGAGGUGUUUAUCACCGGGAUUUGAAACCAGAGAACCUGCUGCUUGAUGAGAAUGGGAAUUUAAAAGUGUCAGAUUUUGGAUUAAGUGCCCUCACUGAGUCUAAGCAUCACGAUGGCUUGCUCCACACAACCUGUGGAACACCAGCCUAUGUUGCCCCAGAAGUCAUCAGCAGAAGAGGCUACGAUGGAGUUAAAGCUGAUGUUUGGUCUUGUGGGGUGAUCUUAUUUGUUCUUCUAGCUGGGUAUCUGCCAUUUCAUGAUUCCAACCUUAUGCAGAUGUACCGGAAGAUAAGCAAGGCAGAGUAUAAAUGCCCUAAUUGGUUUCCAUCAGAAUUGCGCAGGCUGCUGUGCAGAAUCCUUGACCCCAACCCACACACCCGGAUUUCUAUUGCCAAAAUUAUGGAAAACCCUUGGUUCAAAAAGGGGUUCAACACCGAAUCCUUAAAUACUGAAGUUGAAAGCAAGGAAAUCACCCCACUGAAUGCUGAGGCCAGUUUUAGUCCACAUGGAAAUAGCAAUGCUGCUGCUGAUGCAAAGAUAGAGUUGCCCAAACCUACCAAUUUGAAUGCAUUUGACAUUAUCUCUCUUUCAACAGGGUUCGACUUGUCUGGUUUGUUUGUGGAAAAUGAUCAGAAGGAAGAAGCACAAUUUACAUCUGCAAAUCCUGCCUCAGCCGUCAUAUCCAAAUUGGAGGAGAUCGCCAGUAAACUGAAGCUGAAAGUUAUGAAUAUGGAUGGACUGUUGAUCUUUGAGGAAUCAAGUGAUGGCGUAAUGGAGGUUCUAUCUAUUGAAAUAGAGCUAUUCGAAAUCACUCCGUCUUUCCAUUUAGUCAAGAUCAAAAGGUCCAAAGGCGAUGCGCUGAAAUAUCGGAAGGUACUGAAACUAGACAUAGCACCAGCUCUGAAGGAAGUUGUGUGGGCUUGGGUAGGUGAACAACAGCAUCAAGAACAACAAUAGUUCAAGCGCAGAUGCAGUGUGAAACCUAAGAAUAAGUUUUAUGUUUUUGUAUCGACUAUUGGAAACAUGUUUUCAGUCUUCAUCCAUCCAACAGUUGGCGUGUACGUUGUAUUGCCUGUGCUAGCAGGCCUGAUGGGAGGUUUCCGAGUAUCUGACUCAACCUCUUUCUAUAGUUUGUUCACUUGGUUGCGUGUGCAUAAUGAGCACCAUGGACGACAUGACUCAGAAAUUUUUCUUAGGUGGUGCAGAGCUUAUCCCCCUUAAAUGGCACGAUGUCAUUUAGUACGGCCUGGUUGGAAAGUUUGUGGUUUUCUUUUUUAUGUUUUCACUUUGACUAUUUUUAACAAUAAAAACUAAAAAUGGUUUUUGAUGCCUUGUUUUUGUUUCUA